CAUUAAUCAUUGAAAUGCAAAUGUAAUCACAAUUAGUGUUUGCAUUCAAUUCGCGUACAAUUGGAUUGAAUUAAAGUUUUUGAUGGUUUGAGCGGUGAAUGGCUUAAGACAGUGAAUGACACGAAGACUCGCUCAUCGAUUAAUUGGUGUCUAAGAAGUGAUACAUUUGUUUUGACAGAUAUAUGAAAACAUUGACAUUUGUCAACAUUUGGAGACAAUUCAUAAUUGAGAUCUCAAUUGAAAUGCAAUUUAUUGCCAAAAAUAUGUUUCACUAAUAACUGACAUUACCUUUGAGACCAUUGCGAUCAUAGUAUCAACCGAUUAGAGCCAUGGAUUCAAACAAUUUGAUUCAUUGGAAGCGAAUGAGAGAAUAUGACCACAAGAAUGGCCUCAAGUUUGAGCGAAAGAUGCAAAUCAACGACAGUCUCAUCAGACGAUUAGGUCUUGAAGCUGAGCUCGAGGGUCACUCCGGUUGCGUGAAUUGUCUCGAUUGGAACCAAAGAGGAACUCUAUUGGCCAGCGGUUCCGAUGACGUGCAGAUAAUCAUAUGGGAUCCGUUCCGUCACCGUCGUGUCCACAGCCUUCAGAGCGGACAUCAGGGGAACAUAUUUUCGGUCAAAUUUGUUCCCAAAACCAACGACAACAUCGUCUGCUCGGGUGCGGCCGACUGUCGAGUCAAAGUGCAUGACAUGACUGGAUCCGAGACGAUACUGGUCUGCUGUUGCCAUUUGGGUCGAGUUAAGCGCCUGGCAGUGGCCCCAGACGUGCCCCACAUGUUCUGGUCAGCGGCUGAGGAUGGGCUGGUUCUUCAGUAUGACUUACGCGAGAGACACCGGUGCUCUUCGGUGUCCAACAAUGUGUUAAUCAAUUUAAUGGAUUAUAACGGACCCAACGCUGAGGUUAAGUGCAUUGCAGUCAACCCUAUGAGACCAGAGCUUAUAGCAGUCGGCGCUAACGACCCCUUUGUUAGGCUAUACGACAGGCGAAUGAUUUCUCUGCAGUCCAUUCAAAGUCGCAACGAUUCGACGCCUCGUUACUCGUGGGACAGGCAUUACACGACUACCACUGCGAGUACGACUGCCAGUGAUGACAGGGACAACACUAACCAACACUUACCGGCCGGUUGUGUCAAAUAUUUUAUUGCCGGACACUUACUGAGGCGUCGCGAUAAGAAGAGGUACCGCGCCUACGCCUCGACCUACCUGUCCUUCAGUCCCGACGGAAAUGAGCGUCGCGAUAAGAAGAGGUACCGCGCCUACGCCUCGACCUACCUGUCCUUCAGUCCCGACGGAAAUGAGUUGCUGUCAAACUUAGGUUCGGAACAAAUCUAUUUGUUUGAUGUGUUUAAGCCAUCAAAGCCCAAGUUUUACGAGACAACGGACUCGACGCACAAAAAUGGUUACCACAAGGAGUGCGCUUCAAAUACUUCGGGCAACAAUGGCUUCUGUGUGAACGGCUGCUCGUCGAUAGACUUAAUACCGAAAAGCGCUAAGUUUUAUAAGAAAGUCUAUUCAUUCAACACUCCAUUGCCUUCUAUUGUCGACAAAAUCAAAGUGAAAGCCAACGACUUAUUCGAGAGGAAUGACUUCAAGUUAGCCAUCAAUCUAUACAACACAGCCAUCGCGUUAUGUCCGCGAGCGGCCGUACUCUACGGUAACAGAGCCAUGGCAUACAUGCGCCGUAAUUGGGACGGGGAUAUGUAUGCAGCGCUCAGAGACUGCUACUCAGCCCUCAAUAUCGACGCCGACUAUCUGAAAGCUCACUACAGACUUGUCAGGUGUAUGUUGUCUUUGGAGUGGUAUAGAGAAGCGUCCGAUUGUUUCGAGUCUUUUAAGACUAAAUUUCCCGACCAAUCGACUAAUGAUUUCUCGAAUUCGCUGAAUAAAGAUAUUCAGAAAGCGAUUAAUACGAAGUCGGAUAAAAGUAGUCAUGUGUCGAGUGAUGGUAACGGCUUAGACAUGGCCUUCAAUAUGUCUAACGCAGUGAAUAAUCAGGAGAAGGAGUGGAGAUCUCUGUCAUACGACUACAAGAAGCGAUUCUGUGGUCAUUGUAAUACAACUACUGAUAUAAAAGAGGCCAACUUUUUCGGAAGUGACGGACAGUAUAUAAUCGCCGGUUCAGACGACGGCUCCUUUUUCGUGUGGGACAGACACACGACAAACAUUGUUCGGGUUAUGAGAGGUGAUGACUCGAUAGUCAAUUGCCUUCAACCCCACCCCAGUUCGUGUCUGUUGGCCACCAGUGGUAUCGACCCAGUGGUGAGACUGUGGAGUCCACGGCCUGAGGAUGGCCAAAAAGAUGAGAGAGAAGUGGAGAACUCUGAGGACGCGGCGAUGGCUAACCAGAAGCGUAUGAAUACGGAUCCGUUGGAAGUGAUGUUAGCAAAUAUGGGAUAUCGAGUGCCCAAUGUGUUUGAGCCCGAGGACGAUGACACGGAUCAAGUGGGCCUUCAGUGCAGAACCAGUUGAACCACUUAUUUGCACAACAAAUGCAUUUCAAAUAACAUUUAAACUUUUGUUUUCAAUUCUGUUUUGAUUUAAAAGAUUUGAUGAGAUAAACGAUAAUAUAUAAUAAAUUUGUAAUUAAUUUUGUAAUUACCUUUUUUGUUUAAAAAUAAAAUAAUGUUAUAAAGUUUAA